AUGCAAGACAGUCAGCCAUUAGACAUUGUGCCGUUUUUCAGCACGUUGAAAGUGAACAAAGACUGUGACGCGUUCAAAAGGAGGCGAGAAUAUGUCACGCAAGGUGUGUCUUCAGAAGAAGCCAAUUUUCCUAUCGCUUACUCCAUUUUAGUUUACAAAGACUUUUCGCAAGUAGAAAGGUUAUUGCGAGCGAUAUAUAGACCACAUAACUUCUACUGCAUUCACCACGACAACAAAUCCACGCCAUUAUUCAAGGAGAGACUUCAAGAACUCGUACAUUGCUUCGACAAUGUGUUUUUGUCAUCGAGAAGCGUUCUUGUCCGCUGGGGCUAUUUUACUGUCUUAGAAGCGGAUCUUAUAUGCAUGCGAGAUCUGCUGAAGUAUAAAUCUUGGAAAUAUUUAAUAAAUUUGACCGGACAGGAAUUUCCUCUGAAAACAAACUGGCAGAUUGUGAAGAUUUUAAAAACGUAUCAAGGUGCCAACGACAUCAGCGGGAGCCUACUUUUGAGGGAUGACAAGAGAUUAACCAAAAAAGAGAGACCUCCGCAUAAUAUCACAGUCGUCAAGGGACCGGUACACAUGGCAGCUUCCAGGGCCUUUGUUGAGUACAUUUUCAGCGAUCAGAAGGCCAAAGACUUCCUAAACUGGGUUCACGGUACCCAGGUUCCUGACGAGACGUAUUUCCCUACUCUACAGAAUAACCCUCACCUUGGGGCACCAGGCGCAUUCGGAGGUGGCCAAGAGCUCAUGGAAAAAACACUGUCCAUGGUUCGAUACAAGCUCUGGUACUACAGUACGGAGACUUGCCACGGGAAGAGAGUACGGCUUAUCUGUGUCUUUAACAUCGGCGACCUGCCCAAUCUGACCCAAGCCAAGCAGCUGUUUGCUAACAAGUUCCAUCAUCAUUACGGUCAGCAUGCCUACGACUGCUUGGAAGAGUGGCAUCGGAACCGGACUAGGGAUGAGUACCUUGGGAUAUACGAAUUUGAUGCCAGAGAAUAUUCACCGUUGCCCUUUGUCAAAUACAGGACAAAUCUGAGAUGA